UUAGUAUUAAACACCAUCCGUACACGUUAUAUGCAAAGAUUAAUUUAUACGUAUUCUGGUAUUGUGUUGAUUGCUGUCAAUCCUUUUGACCGUGUGGCACUUUAUGACCCUGAUAUUGUUCAGCAGUACUCUGGAAGAAGACGCGGUGAGCUUGAGCCUCAUUUGUUUGCUAUUGCAGAAGAUGCAUAUCGUUGUAUGAUCCGUGAGCAAGUUAAUCAAACUAUUGUCGUUUCUGGUGAGAGUGGUGCUGGUAAAACAGUCAGUGCAAAGUAUAUCAUGCGUUAUUUUGCUACUGCAGAUGAUCAGGAGGUACAAGGAAAGAAACAAAAGUCUGGAAUGACUGAGGUAGAGGAACAAAUUUUAGCUACGAAUCCUAUCAUGGAAGCUUUUGGUAAUGCCAAAACCACUCGAAAUGAUAACUCUUCUCGAUUUGGUAAAUACAUUGAAAUCCAGUUUGACGACAGUGCAAAUAUUGUUGGCGCCAAAAUCAGGACCUAUCUUUUAGAAAGAUCUCGUUUGAUCUAUCAGCCAGAAGUGGAAAGAAAUUAUCACAUUUUUUAUCAGCUUUGUGCAGGCAUCCCUCUAUCAGAGAAGAAGGAAUUCGAGCUUGGUGAUUAUAGUCAAUUUCAUUAUCUUAACCAAAGUGGAAGUGGGAUCAUUCCUGGUGUAGAUGACGCUGCUGAAUUUGAAACGACGCAAAGGGCUCUAUCCACCAUUGGGUUAUCUGUGCAGUUACAGUGGAAGAUAUUUCGAUUAUUGGCCGCAUUGCUUCACUUGGGUAACAUCAAUAUCACCGGUCGCGGCGAUGCUAUGUUAUCUGAAACCGAUGCUGCUCUUUUAACAACCACUCGUUUGCUUGGUAUCAAAACUGCUGAUUUCAGAAAAUGGAUUGUCCGUAAACAAAUUGUGACCCGUUCAGAGAAAAUCGUUACCAACCUGAGCCCCGCACAAGCACACGUUGUAAAAGAUUCUGUCGCUAAAUAUGUCUAUGCAAACUUGUUCGAUUGGCUUGUUAGCGUUACCAACGACAGUCUGUCUUGUCCCGAUCCUAGUAUGGUAGCAAACUUUAUUGGCGUUUUGGAUAUUUAUGGUUUUGAGCAUUUUAAGAAGAAUUCGUUCGAACAGUUUUGUAUUAAUUAUGCAAAUGAGAAGCUUCAACAACAAUUUAAUCAGCACGUCUUCAAGUUGGAACAAGAAGAGUAUGUUCGCGAAAAGAUCAACUGGACAUUUAUUGAAUUUAGUGAUAAUCAAAAGUGUAUCGAGCUGAUUGAAGGAAAACUGGGUAUUUUGUCACUUUUAGAUGAGGAAUCGCGCUUACCAUCUGGUUCAGAUCAAGGAUUUGUACAAAAACUCUACUCAAACUUUGAAGGUCCCAAUUUCAAAAACUAUUUCAAGAAACCCCGUUUCUCAAAUAAUGCAUUCACUAUUGCGCAUUAUGCUUUGGAUGUGCAGUACGAAGCCGAGAGUUUCAUUGAUAAAAACAAGGAUACCGUACCGGAUGAACAUUUGGCUCUUUUACAAGGCUCGGAUUUCGAUUUCUUGACAGAUGUUUUGGAUAAAGCCGCUGCUAAUACUGCUCAAGCUGCUCCUGAAAAUAGCAAACGUAUGAGUAUGAUCGCAAGAAAACCUACACUCGGCUCUAUCUUCAAGCUGUCGCUCAUAAACUUGAUGGAUACUAUUGGAGGUACAAAUGUGCAUUAUAUCCGUUGUAUCAAACCCAAUGAAGCCAAGAUUGCUUGGGAGUUUGAUCCUAGUAUGGUUCUUUCUCAAUUACGUGCAUGUGGUGUUUUGGAGACAAUUCGCAUUAGUUGUGCAGGUUAUCCAUCUCGUUGGACCUUUGAAGAAUUUGCCGACCGUUAUUUUGCGCUUGUUUCUUCCAAGCAUUGGGAUCCUCAAGUUAAACCUGAAGUGAGACAGCUGUGUUCUGUCAUCCUGGAUACUUCCAUCAAAGACGAAGAUAAGUAUCAAGUGGGCACCACCAAGAUCUUUUUCCGUGCUGGUCAGUUGGCUUAUUUAGAAAAACUGAGAUCAGACCGUUUUAAUGAAUGUGCUGUGACAUUACAAAAGCAUAUGAGACGCUUUAUUUACCGUACGCGUUAUAUUCGUACCAAAGAGCUUGCUGUUCAAAUCCAAUGUGUAGCACGUCGAAAAGUCGCUUUGGCCAACAUGCGGACCCUCAAAGAAGAAAAAGCUGCUAUCAUCAUUCAAAAAAAUUGGCGCAGAUAUGUUGCGCGUAAACAAUUUGUGUCCAAGCAAACCUUUAUUCUCAAACUUCAAACAGCAUCUCGUUCCUAUUUGGCUAAACGUAACCAUGUGGCCCUCCGUGAAAACUGUGCUGCUGUUCAAAUCCAAAAGCUUGUGCGUGGUUGGUUUGCAAGAAAGAGUUACAAGGCCAAGCGAGAACUUAUUAUACAUGUGCAAUCAUGUAUUCGACGAAAUAUUGCUCGUAAAAAGCUACUUAACUUCCGUUCAGAAGCCCGUUCUGUCAGUCAUUUCAAGGAGGUUUCCUACGCACUUGAAAAUAAGGUAGUCGAAUUAACUCAAACUUUAACAGCAGUAAGAGAUGAACGAAAAUUAGCCAAUGACCGUUCAGUCCAAUUGGAAGCACAAAUUAAAAACUGGGUGGACAAAUACGAAAAGAUGGAACGCAAGGCCAAGAAUUUGGAUGAGAAACUUCAAGAACCCACCGUACCUAAAGAACAACACGAUCAUUUACAAGCAGAGUUGACUGCCUUGACAAGUGAACACCGUAUUGCCACUGAAAAGGUGAAGAGUCAGGACCGUGAAUUAACCUUGAUCAGAACACAACUUGAGACUGAAAAGACAGCCAAUGCAGGCCUCAAAAAGUCUUUGGAAGAAGCAGAUGAACGUGCUAAGAAUGCAACAGAUGAAUCUGAAGUCGCUGAACUUCGUAAUCAGCUGGCUGCACUCAAGACCCAGCUUUCCCAAGCACUACAUGCACCCCGUAGGCAAGGCUCAAACAAUGCUUUGCGUGGGAUUUCCCCGGCUCCUCCAGGUAUGCGUGGUCCAUCCCCUUCGCCCAAUAGGUCUUUGGAUCCAGAGUCUGUUCCUCGUCACAGAAGCAGAUCUCCGGGCGGCAUCUAUCCAACACCCAUUACCACCUCCGCAGUCUCUACAACCCUUUCUGCACCCAAUAAUAGAAAACCUCGUCGCAAUAGUUCGGCUGACAUGCUCAAUGGCAGUCGACUCAAGAACUCGAUUGAAAAUAUUCGAAACAAUGAAAACUUUGGCAAGAAUCCCAGACCGGCGUCUAUUGAUCAUUUUAAUACUCUCUUGGGCGCUAAAAAUGCAAGUGGCUUAUCGGGGGCUAUUGAUGAGAGUCCUGAGGAAGAGAUUCAUAGUUUAUUACGUAAUGAAGGACCAUUACAAGAAGAGAUUCUGGAAGGACUUAUCAAGUCAGUAAAGAUGCCAUUGCCAACAUUACAAAAUCCACCUUCACAAAAGGAAAUCUUGUUCCCUGCACAUACCAUUAGUGUCUGUGUCAAUGAAAUGUGGGAGUUGGGCUAUAUUCAAGAAUCCGAAAAGCUCUUAUUUAAUGUCAUGGAUACUAUCCAAAAGCAGUUCUUAAGUUUCACAGACGAGGAUGCAGUAGUGCCGUAUAUUUAUCAAGACAAACGCAAGUCUGUGGGUAGACAUGAUUUCUCAAAGUUAAUGGAAACCAUCAAAUUUGAAAUGCAAUGCUUGGAAGAUAACAUUUAUCACGCUUGGAUGAAGGAAAUUAAAAAACAUCUUAGCAAAAUGGUCAUACCUGCUGUUGUUGAAGGUCAAUCCCUUCCUGGUUUUAUUACAAGUGACAACGGUCGUUUCUUUAACAAGUUACUCAUUGGAACAACGCAGCCCACAUACUCUAUGGAUGAACUUUUAAACUUUUUAAACAAGAUUUGGCGUACAAUGAAGUGUUACUACAUUGAACAAUCGGUUGCAACCCAAGCCCUAACAGAGUUAUUAAAGUUAAUUGGUGUAUCUGCUUUUAACGAUUUGCUCAUGCGAAAAAAUUUCUGUUCUUGGAAAAGAGCUAUGCAAAUUCAAUAUAAUAUUACACGUAUUGAAGAGUGGUGCAAGAGUCAUGAUAUUCCUGAAGGAGCACUUCAACUUGAACAUUUGAUGCAAACAACGAAAUUACUUCAAUUUAAGAAGGCAACGUUAGAAGACAUUGAGAACAUUUAUGACGUGUGUUGGAUAUUAUCACCUACACAAAUCCAGAAGUUGAUCUCACAAUACUAUACUGCAGACUAUGAGAAUCCAAUCAAACCCGAUAUACUUAAAGCAGUUGCCUCACAUGUUGUAAGUGGCGAUAAGAGUGAUGUAUUACUUUUAGAUUCCGUCUCCAUUGAGAAUACAUCAAACCCAUUUGAAGUACCCGUUCCAAGAGAUACCAGAUCAGAAAUUUAUCUUCCUUCUUGGUUAAACUUAAAGCGUCUUCGUCGGUUAACAACAUUAAUCCAACAAACCAAUGAA